AUGUCGAUUAAUUUUAAGCAAUCAUCAGUUCUGUCAAGACAGUUGUGUUUUUGUUUGAAGAACGCCUCGAUCGCACCGAACGUCGUGAACAGAUGUUUUCACCGGACACAUGUCGACUGCCGCAGUACGACGUCGACAAAAUCAAACAUCUUGACAUCAGGAGAAAUCAGAAGAAAGUUCAUCGAUUAUUUCAAAGAGAAGCAGAGUCAUUUGUUCGUACCGUCUUCAUCGGUUAUACCAAGAGAGGAUAAAACAUUGUUAUUUACAAAUGCUGGAAUGAAUCAGUUUAAAAGUAUCUUCCAAGGUGCUGUAGAUCCAAGUAGUCCAAUAGUGAAAUACAGACGUGUUGUCAACAGCCAGAAAUGUAUCCGUGCUGGGGGGAAACACAACGACUUAGAUGAUGUUGGUAAAGAUGUCUACCAUCACACUUUUUUUGAAAUGCUAGGAAAUUGGAGUUUUGGAGACUAUUUCAAGAAGGAGACUUGUGAGAUGGCAUGGGAUUUGUUAAUUAACGUCUAUGGUUUAUCAUCGAAUAGAUUAUACGUGACAUAUUUUGGUGGAAAUCAACAACUAGGUUUAUCACCCGAUAUUGAAUGUAGAAAUAUUUGGAAGAAUAUUGGUGUCGCAGAAGACAGAAUUCUACCGUAUGGGAUGAACGAAAAUUUUUGGGAGAUGGGCACAAUCGGACCUUGCGGAAUGUGUAGUGAGAUCCAUUACGAUAGAAUCGGUAACCGAAAUGCUACGUCGCUGAUUAAUAAAGAUGAUCCCAGUGUUCUUGAAUUAUGGAAUCUAGUUUUCAUACAAUACAAUAGAGAGGAGGAUGGAUGUUUAAGUAAGCUACCCCAGCACAACAUAGACACUGGUAUGGGACUGGAAAGAUUAGUCUCCAUAAUACAAGGAGUCGACUCUAACUAUGAUACUGACUUAUUUCAACCUUUGAUACAGGAAAUACAGAAGUGUACAUCGAUGCCUCCAUAUCAAGGACUGGUCGGAGACAGUGAUAAUGAGAACAUAGACAUGGCUUACAGAGUCUUGGCUGAUCACAUUAGAACAUUGACCAUUGCCAUCACUGAUGGCGCUAGACCUGGUAAUUUCAAACAAAGUUAUAUUAUCAAAAGACUGAUUAGAAGAGCUGUCAGAUAUGCUACAGAAAAGCUGAAUGCUUCUCCAGGGCAGUUUGCCAGUCUAGUACCAAUUGUCGUUGACACUUUGGGUGAUGCUUAUCCAGAAUUACUGACCAAUCCACAACAAGUUAUCGAUGUCAUUAACAGAGAAGAAGACCUGUUUUUAAAACAGUUAAAGAAAGGAAGAAAAUUUCUUGACAAAAAGAUCUCUAAACUGAAGGAACCCAGAAUACUGCCAGGUGACAUAGCAUGGAAGAUGUAUGAUGGGUUUGGUUUUCCAAUUGACCUAACGAUAUUGAUGUGUAAUGAGAAAGGAGUGUCAGUUGAUAUGGAGGGCUAUGAAGAGGUUAAAGAGAAAACUCACCAGAUUACUUCCCAGGGUGGUAUAAAGAACCAGUUAGAAUAUGGGUUUGAUACCAAUGCUCUACAACAACUCAAACAUCAGAACAUCUCCACAACUGAUGAUAGUUACAAAUACAGCUAUGAGUGUGACGAUGAUGGUAAUUAUGAAUUUGAAGUAAUUACUGCCAAAAUUACAUCAUUGAGAGUUGGUGGUCAGUUUGUUGAGUCUGUAGAACCUGACCAGUCAUGUGACGUCAUUCUCCAUCAAACUUGUUUCUAUGCAGAACAAGGUGGACAGCUAUGGGAUGAUGGGUAUUUUACAAAAUUAGGGGAUGAGGCUCAACAGAUUGUUUUUGAAGUUGAUAAUGUUCAGAUCUAUGGAGGAUAUGUUGUACAUUCCGGGACUACAAAAAAGACAUUAUCUGUUGGUGAACAACUAAAAUUACAUAUAAAUGAGGAGAGAAGACUUGGUUUGAUGAGGAACCACACAGCUGCUCAUAUAUUGAACUGGUCACUGAGGCAUUUACAUGGUGAUGGAAUCGAACAGAGAGGAUCGCUUGUUGCACCAGACAGACUCAGAUUUGAUUUCACUUAUGAAGAUUCCUUGACUUCGCUGCAAGUGAAAGAGAUUCAGGACCAAGUGAAUGAAGUAAUAGAACAGUACACACCUGUUGAUUCACAGGAAGUAGAAUUAGACGAAGCCAAACAGAUUGAAGGAUUACGUGCAGUAUUUGGUGAAGUCUACCCGGAUCCAGUGCAAGUGGUCUCUGUGGGUAUCCCAGUUACUGGACUUCUGACCAAUCCAUUUGGCCCUGGUGGCUUCAUGUCACCAGUAGAGCUCUGCGGUGGAACACAUGUGCACAUGACUGAACACAUUGGCAAACUUGUGAUCAUCGAUGAGGGCAAAGUAAGUAGUGGUGUUCGUAGGAUAACUGCAAUAACCGGGUCUGAUGGAUGGGAGGCUGAUCGCAAGGCUGACGAUUUAUUGGUUAAAGUUAGUGAACUGAAAAAACAAAUAGAGGAAAGUAUAGAGAAUUUGACACCCUCCCUGAGGGUGCUGUUUGAUGAGGCAAAUAAUUUACUGGAAGUGGUUGGAGCUUCGCCGAUACCACUUUGGAGGAGUAGGGAGUUGAAAGAAGAACUGUUCAAGUUGAAAGAGGAUAUCAAAUCUUUUGAUAAAAAGAGGAAAAAGAUGGCUGUGAAAGAGGCAAUAAGUCAGGCAGCUGAUAUGGCAAAUGAUAGAUUAGAUAGACCCUUCAUUGUAAAAGAAAUACACACUGGUUCUAAUACCAAGGCAUUGAUGCAAAUCAUGGAUAUAUUUAAGAAUACAACUCCAUCAUCUGCCAUCUUAUUGUAUGGCGUUGAUAAAGACGACUGUACAAUCACAUGUGUGUGUUACACACCAAAGCAUGCUAUAGAACAAGGAUUGAAGGCAAAUGGGUGGCUGCAGCAUGUGAAUUCUUUGGUAGAUGGCAAAGUGGGUGGACAAGACACAAUGGGAAGACUACAAGCAAAGAAUGUGAACUUGGAAUAUCUGGGAAAACUGAAAGAAAUUGCCGAACAAUAUGCAAAAUCUAUACUUUGAAAACUUUUUUUUAAAUUUUUCUACGUGUUGAGUGAAUUAGAAACUGCAAUAUCAAAUGGCUCAAGUAGCAGGGUAUGCUGUUUAAAGAGAACACAUUUAAAGGAAUUUCCCAUGUGAUUUAGAACUGUCUAAAGGGGAAUUGGCACAAGAGGGCG